AUGCCGUGUGGAGCCAGCGGCACCGCUUCCUCACCCAAGAAGAAGCCGGCACUGACGGAGCCAAUCCGCGACGAGUUCGGGGUGUGGCAUGUCUGCUUCUCGAUGCAUUCGUCCCGCCAUGAGCUGGAGCAGGCACUGCGGAUCAUCCACCCCAGAUGGGUCAUCUCCACAACCCCUCCUUCCAUGGCACUGGAGCUCUCCUAUGUCAAGAAGCACUGCCUCGCGUCCCGGUUACGCGCUGAUGAUCCCCUCUGGAAGCUGCUCAGGUUGGCUGAUGGAAAUCCUACAGUUUCUUCCGGAUCGCCGCAGCCUGUAGCAGCUGUAGAAAUAAUCAUCAAGAAAAGUGAGGAGGAAGAGGUCACCUAUUCUGCUGAUGGGUCUUUCGGUGACGAUAGACUCAGGAUGCAGGAUAAAGAACCAACUCUGGAAGACUUUGAAAUCAACGUGGAGCUGCCUGUGACGCUUUUUGGGAUGGCAAGGUUUGGACUGCCACAUGAACCUGAACUGUGGAAGGAUGAAGGUGAGAGUGUCCAAGUCAUUGAGGAAGAUGAGCUUCAGGUGCAAGUGGAGAGUUCAGCUACAGAAUGUGAGCAGCGGAAGGAUGGGAAAUCUGACAUGCCCGCUGAAGCAAUUGAUUCAGUUGAAGUUUUGCCAGAAGAGCAGAACUCGGCAAUAGAAUCGGAACAGUCGAAAGAUUGUGAACCUAAAGAUGGCAUCAAAGCAAUCGAUUUAACUGAAGUCGAAGUGAAUGAGCAAACAUCAUGUACAGAAUCUGUACUUUGGAAGAAGCACGGAGGUAAUGAGUGUGUGUCAGCAACGGAGAGAGGUGAUUUGGAUGCUCAAGAACAAAAGUUCACGGCCAGAUAUCAGUUGUGGAAAGUACGCAAGCCCAAGGGGAUGGAGAGUGUCGAAUCGAUUGUACAAGGUGAAAACAGGGCAGAAACAAUUGAUCAGGUUUUGGAAGUGGAUCCUCUAGCCUCCUCACAAGAAAGAAAUAAAGAGAGAACAAAAAAGGACACUGUUCCACAGGAAACUGAUCACGAGAACUCUGAAGUUACUGACAAUGCAAGCAGUGACUCGAAUGCUAUUGGAUCAUCAAAAGGUCUGAAUGCUAACCUGAGGAAGCUGUACAGGUCGAUGAACGUGCCGGUUCCUCGCCCCCUGCCCUCAUUAGUUGAGCUCAUGGCAACCUCAAAGCGACCAAGGGUUUCCCCUGCUGUGCAGCUAUAGGAUCAUCCAUAGUUUCAUCUGUUUUUUCAA